AUGAUAAGGAUACUAAUGGUUCUAUCGGUUGUUGUUCAACAUAACCAAGCGAAGCUGGUUUUCGUAGCGGGGCUGUGGACGCACGGGGACCGGGCUCCAGGCAACGUGGUCUAUCCAAAUGAUAUUAACGACGAAUCAAGUUGGCCAAGAGGAUUUGGAGCACUUACAAACAGAGGUCUCAAAAAGAUGUACAAUCUUGGACAAUGGCUCAGAGAAAGGUAUGUGAAGGAGAUGAAGCUUCUUUCACCAAAUAACAUACCAAGAGAGGUUAGUGUACAAAGCUCGGACUUACCUGUGACAGUGGAAAGCGCCCAAGCCGUAAUGGCUGGAUUGUUUCCUGCUGAAGGAAACAGAAUUUGGGCAGAUAAAGGGCUAACUGCUUGGCAACCAUUUUACAUACACACAGCCGCAGAUUCUCUCCAUGACAUGGCGAGGUCGUACAGCUGUCCCCUUGUUGAUUCCACAACAAGUACAGAAAGAUCUGAACUUAAGAGAAAGUUCGAUAAAAAACACUCCGAUCUUUUAAAGAGGCUGGGAAUUCAUACCGGUCUUGCUCCCGUCAAUUUCUUCGUACUUACCACGCUCUACGGAAUUCAAACUGAAAUCGACCAUGGUCUACCUCAGCCAGAAUGGAUUAACGAAACCUAUGAAGGGAAGAAAAUCAUUGAUUGGAUACGAGAAGUGAAAACCAUUGCCAGAGCGUCGAACUUCAACUCUAAACAGAAAGCCCAUGUUCGAGCAGGUGUUCUUUUGAGUACUUGGAUAAAAUACCUACAAGAAGCAGCACAUAACAAAGGACCACUGAAAGCUGUCUUUGGAUCAACGCACGACGGAACUGUAUUCCCGCUGAUGUAUGCAAUGGGAAUUAGCGACGGUCAAUUAGUGCAACCUGGCUCAUUGUUUCUCGUGGAACUGCACAAAGAAGAGUCUGACCAUUUAGUCCGGUUAUGGUGGCGGAACAGCACGGACCACAUCUAUCAACUCUCUCUCCCAUCAUGCGAACUUGACUGUCCGCUCGAGGAUUUUGUAAACCAACUCCGACCGGUUAUGCUUGAUAUGAGCGAUGUGGAAGAAGCUCUGAAGAAGGCGAUAUGGCCGAAACGUUAG